UAUGGAUAUUAAAAUCUAAGUUGCCUAAUUUUAAAUGGAGUAAAAAGGCAAGUCAAAAAGGAAACAAAACCAUCUGGCGUGGAGAUGGAGGUGGAAGUGGAAGUGGAAGUGGUAGCAGAAACAUUUUAUUUUACUUCAGAUCUCAGCUGAAGCCCUUUUCCUUUCCCUUAAACAUCAUUUUUUUUAUUUUUUUAUUUAUUUCUCAUCCUAUUACAUGGCUUCCAUCCGUCGGACUCUCUCACCGGCAUUUCACGGCCGUUCCACCCAGAACGGCGCUGCUGUGUUCUCCUCUUCUCCCUCUAAUAAGCUUUUACAUAAACAUUUCCCCUCUUCUACUUCCUCAACGCUCCUCAAUUUAGUUUACCGCCGAGGGUGGCGCCGGUCUUUUCGCCGCUGUCUCUUCUUUUUUCUAAUAGGGUUGCUUUUUGGAAUUACUCCGUUUGGACAAAUGGAUGCCGAUAUCCGACCCAGGGAUUUCUCUUCACCCGACCUCAGACCGCCACAUGUCCACCUCCAAUCCGACGAUCCCAUUGUUUCUUAUGUUGCAUUGGGUGUUAAUACGCAAUUGGAACAACACAAUGAAGUUACGGAUUCAAUCGAGCCGUUAAAGCAGUUAAUCGUCGUUACGCCCACUUACAAUCGGGGAUUCCAAGUCUAUUUCUUGAACAGGUUAGGCCAAGUUCUGCGGUUAGUGAAGCCGCCGUUGGUUUGGAUAGUGGUGGAGGAGAAAACGGUGUCAUUAGAGACGGCCCGGAUUUUGAGGAAAACAGGGGUUAUGUAUCGGCACGUUGUGUCCACGCGCAAUUCUAGUGACGUGAAGGACCGAGGGGUUCAUCAAAGAAACGCCGCUUUGGAACAUAUCGAACGGCACAAGCUUGAUGGGAUCGUGUUUUUCGCCGACGACGACAACGUCUACACCCCGGAAUUGUUUGAGAGUUUGAGAACUAUUAGCCGAUUUGGAACUUGGCCUGUUGCGAUGCUUGAACAAAACAAAAACAAGGCAAUUGUGGAAGGUCCAGUAUGCAAUGCGAGUCGAGUAAUUGGAUGGCACACAAAUGAGAAAAGCAAAAGACUUCGUAGGUUUCAUGUUGAUAUGUCGGGAUUUGCUUUUAACAGCACCAUCUUGUGGGACCCAAAGCGAUGGGGACGCCCCUUCUCAAACCCAAUUCGGCAAUUGGACACAGUGAAGGAGGGUUUCCAAGAAACGACAUUCAUCGAGCAAGUAGUGGAAGAUGAAAGUCAAAUGGAAGGUCUACCACCUGGUUGUUCAAAGGUUAUGAACUGGCAUCUCCAUUUAGAUAUAGGCAAUGUUGUUUAUCCCAAAGGCUGGCUAUUUGAGAAGAACCUAGAGGUUACCUUACCUAUUAAGUGAUGAAAGCUCAGCUCCAUAAGGUUUUAAUGCUAAGGAGGGGAUACAUGGUUGUACUGGUGAUUUGCGCUGCUCAACUUUUUGGACCAAUUGGCUACAAUCAUUACCAUAUGCAGCGUAGUGCCACACAGUUAUGACAAGAAAACAAAAAGAUUUAUGGUUUUUCUUUGUUCAUAGAAUUUUGUAACAUGAAAUAUUCUCACAGAACAAGAAGUUUGUUGAGUUCCAGGGUUCUGGCAUUUUUUUUUUUUGGGGGAUUUAAUUUGUUAAAUUUUAGGAGCACUCAGACACUCCCCCCUCCCCCUUUUCUAACUACUGCACAAAAUUGGCGGUGGAUUUGUUUGUGGAUCCAUAGUGUUAUUAUACACUGUAUGUAAGCGUUUAUUAAAAGUGAUUACGAUUUAUUACCGAU